UGACGUCAGCGGCGCGGGGCGCCCCGCAGCCAAUGAGCGCGCGGCCCGCGGCCCCCCCAGCCGCCCGCCAUGGAGCCCGCGGGCAGCCGCAUCCAGGUGCUGCUGCAGGCGGCCGAGUUCCUGGAGCACCGCGAGCACCGGCACCCGCUCGGCCUGGCCGGGGCCGAGCACGGCUACGCCGCUCUCUGCCCCGCGCCGCUGCGCCGGGCCGAGGGCAGCGUCAGGUCGGUGCACAACGCUCUGGAGAAGCACAGGAGAGCGCAGCUCCGGUGCUGCCUGGAGCGGCUGAAGCAGCAGGUACCGCUGGGCGUGGGGCCGGCCCGUUCCACCACGCUGAGCCUCCUGCACCGUGCCCGGCUCCAUAUCCAGAGGCUGGAGGAGCAGGAACUGAGGGCACGAAGGGCCAAGGACCGGCUGCGGGACCGGCAGCGGAGCCUGCAGCGGCGGCUGGAAUCGCUGCUCUUGCCCGCUGAUGGGGAACGGGCACGGGCUGACAGCCUGGACUCCUCCCAGCUCUCAGAGCCCUCCGAGGAAGAGGAUGCCGAGGUAGAGGUGGAUGCUGUGGUGUUCAGCGGGGACCUGCUGCCCGGCUUUGGCACCGGGAGGGACCACAGCUACUCCAGCCCCCACAGCCCCGCCUCCUGACGGUGCCUGCUGCCUGCCCUGCACUGCCUGCCCGCCUCCCUCCUGCUGGAAACCCAGCCCCGGCCGGCCUCAGCACAGCUACCGGGCUAAGGGGCCACAGAUGGGGGCAAGAGUCCGGCCUUACCCCCCCCCACAGCUGGGUGGCACUGGCUGUGGCACUGGGUGCACGGGGCUGGCACUGCGCUGUGGCACCUGCUGUGGCACCUGCUGUGGCACCACAAGGCACUGGAAGAAGUGCUGGAAGAAGGCCCAGCUGUCACUGAGGACACUCUCCUGCCUCCCCCUGUGCACCCACGGGCAGUCUGGGGGCUGCCUGGUGUGGGUAUGGGGCGGUGCUGCCCACUGCAGACACAACUACAGGAAAGCUCUCCUGCCCCUGGAGCGCCAGGAAGGGGAAAUGAGUGCAUUAAGGAACCUCCCUUCAUGCUCCUGCAGCCACCCCGCUCUCUUGUACAGACCCGACACUUUUAUAGUAAAGGCACUUGGUAAAAGCCUGGCCUGUGUCUUCCCUGCAGAGGGCUGCACCCCCAGAGUGCAGAGCAGCCCUGGGCUCUGCUCUAGCCAGGCCAGCCUCAGCCAAAUCAGAGGUGGGAGCAGAUUCUUUAAUGAUAAUUACAUCUCAGAAAGGGUCAAGCAGCAGCUGAUUGUCAGACUUAUACAGUUUCUUUAAAAAUAUAAAAUCUAAGGAGUCUCCUAUCUGUCCUGGUGCAGCUGGCCCCUCACACAUACUGCUUCUUCUUGGUGGCUGCCUUGCUUGCCAGGUCCUUGGCUUUCUCCGUAGCAGCCAGAGCUGUUUCCUUGGCUUUCUCGGUCGCUUCCUUGGCAGUCUCCACCAGUGUUUUGGAUGGAGCUUCUCCUACAACACGGAAGCCAUUAACCCCACAGCAGUGCCGGCUAGACCGGCCCUGCCACCCAGGCACUUCCCCACACGGGGAGGAGGAUGAGCCCGGGUUCCUGCCCCCAGCGGGUCAGGGCACGUCCAAAGGGGAACCACAGGGGCGUGGCUGUCACCAUGUUCCACCCCCUCCUGCCUGCACUCCACCCUUGCCCGG